AUGGGGUCCCUCACCGAAGCAACUGGAGUCAAUCCUUUGACAACCCAAGCUCGAGAGCUUCGCCUCUCCGCAACACUUGAGAUUAAUGAGCUUGUAAGGGAGCGUCUCGAUAGCGGCAAGCAUGUGGUGCACCUAGGGUUUGGAGAAGCAACAUUUCCCAUUCCCAAGAUUGUACGCCUUGCGCAUCAGGAGGCCAGUGACAACACUAGCUAUCUUCCUGUUGCUGGUUUGUGGAAACUGAGAGAGUCUGUGGCUAGAUUCCAAACACGUCGCCUGGGAUUUACCAUCGACCCGCACCAGGUCGUGAUCGCACCAGGUUCCAAGCCGCUACUCUUUGCCCUUUUAGAUAUACUCCAAGGCGAUGUAAUGCUUCCUCGCCCGUCAUGGGUAAGCUAUGAGCCCCAGGUGAAGCAUGCUGGAAAGCGACUGUUCUGGGUAGAGACAGACGAGGAAGACCGGCACACAAUCACAGCCCUUUCUCUUAAGGCGACAUUUGACCGAGCCGUCGCGACGGGCGGCAAUCCGCGCAUCAUGCUUAUCAAUUCUCCAUCCAACCCUACUGGCCAAGCUUUCUCCCCCUCCACUCUCGAAGCAAUAACAUGUUUCUGCAAAGAACAAGAAGUCAUUCUAAUUAGUGACGAAAUCUACUCCGAUAUCUGUUUUGAGGAGAAUUGUCAAGCCAGUGCCUGUUCCGUGGCCAGUUUCGACUCUGGACGAAUGGUAUUGACUGGUGGUCUCUCUAAGACGUACUCAGCGGGAGGAUGGCGCGUAGGCUACGCUAUUUUCCCAUCUACAAGUUUUGGGGCAACAGUGCAGAAAGCCACACUUGCCUACGCCUCUGAAUGUUGGUCCGCCGCUUCCUCUCCAGCCCAAGAGGCCGCAGCCAUUGCUUUCGACACCAGCCCAGAGAUGGAUCACUAUCGCAAGAAGAUCACGCUCCUGCACCAACAUUGCACACUCAGGUUAUUCGAAGCACUGCAGAACUGUGGCCUGGCCGUGGCAAAGCCAAAAGGUGCUUUCUACGUGUACCCAUCGUUCCACCCCUACUCCAAGCAACUCGAAUCCAUGGACAUCUGGACGAGCCUUCAACUGUCUCAUUGGCUCAUCGAAGACUGCGGCGUGGCGGCAUUGCCGGGCUCCGUAUUUGGAGAGGAUGAUGUAGGCAUUCAAGGCGGGCGGUAUCGCUUGAGGAUGGCGACGAGUUACUUAUACUUUCAAGAUCAGAAUGAGAGAUACACCCGCGGAUAUCAACUGCUGGAUAGGGCUUCAGAAAACAGAUCUGCUACAGCAGUGGAAUUGCCAUUGCUAGAGGAGGCCAUCUCAGCAAUCCAGAACGCUGUGGCCAAGCUUAAGAAUAUGUAA